AAUCGUUGAUAUAUUUGACACGGCGGUGUUCAUUUUUCUUAAUUCAGGGACGCAUCUAAAGAGAUAUAGGGGAUUCAUCGCCCCGGCAUAGAGAAAGAGAGGGAAAUUAUCGCCCAAUAUAUACAUUUUUGUCAACUCUCCACUCUGAAUGUUUCUGCUUUGCUUGAUUUUAAACAUUACUAGCGAGGAUUCAUCGCCCCGACAUAGAGAGAGAGGAUCAUCGCCCUGACAUAGAGAGAGAGGAUUCAUCGCACCGGGUCCGAAAGAGUCCACUCCAGACGUAGCGGCCAGUCUGUUCCACCUUAAUUCAAAGUAAGAAGGACAUCUGUUAUGUGAAGUAACACCCAGGAAAUGAUGGCGUUGUUUUGGUCGGCCUUGUGUUUGUUAUUUUUGCCAUGCUCCUAUGGAUCUAUCAAUUUCACUCUCCAGGAAGAGGAACCCCUGGGAACACUGGUGGGCAACAUUCCAAAGGAGAGUAGCCUGGGAAACAACAUGACUGACCAAGAGUUCCAAAGUCUCAAAUACGAUUUCUUGGACCAAACCAAAAUGGCUUCUUUGUUUACCAUCAAUAAUGACAAUGGAAAUAUUUAUACUGCAGUUGUGAUUGACAGAGAGACAGAGUGCAGCUUUAAAGAAGUUUGUUCUUUAGAUUUUGAUGUGAUGGUGCGUUCAAGUGUCAGUACAAAGUAUGAAAUAAUCUCAGUGAACAUUCUUAUUCUGGAUAUCAAUGACAAGAGUCCAACAUUUCAACCUGAUGUGAUCACAGUGCAGAUAUCUGAAUCAGAAGCCAUCGGAACAACCAUUGGCAUAGAAGGAGCAACAGACUCUGAUUCCAGUGCUAUAAAUAGAAUCCAGAGCUAUAAAAUUGUUCCUAGUGAUGGUCCAUUUGGAUUAAAUGCGACAAAAAAAGAUGGCGGAUAUAUAUUGAAACUAGUUUUACGUAGGAUCCUGAACAGAGAGCAGAUAAACUCGUACCAGGUGAGCAUUGUGGCCUAUGACGGAGGACUGAACCCUAACUCAGGGACUUUGUCAGUGACGGUGGAGGUCACGGACGACAAUGAUAACUCCCCAGUCUUCACGCAGAGCGUAUAUGAGGCAAAAGUCAGGGAAGGAGUCAAAAGGGGUACAUCUGUACUUAAAGUGUCUGCCUCUGAUGCAGAUGAAGGAAAGAAUGCAGAGAUCAGGUACCACUUCAGUCCAACUCAGUCAGAUCUGGACGAAAUAAAGAAGAUUUUUGCGAUCAAUGACACCAGUGGAGAUGUUCUAGUUGUGGGGGAUUUGGUGUAUGAGGCGGGCAAGGUGUAUGAGAUCAGUAUUGAGGCCACAGAUCUGGGCCAGCAGCCGGCUGUGUCUCAGUGCAUCGUCAGGAUCACCGUUGAGGAUUUCGGAAACAACCCUCCCAUAGUACGAGUCAACUUCUUGUCCUCCAACAGUAUUGGCAUGGUCAACGUAUCAGAAUCCUCCAAACCAGGGCUAGUGAUUGCACAUGUAAAUGUUGAAGAUACUGACUCUGGCUCCAAUGGAAUAGUGACAUGUGAUAUCUCUGACAGUUCUUUUGCUUUGGAGGCUGUGCAAGGAAAGGGGUAUGUUGUGCUUAUAAAGUUGGAUUUGGACAGAGAGAGCAAAGCCGUCCAUAAUGUAACUGUAACUUGUCAGGAUCAGGGGACCCCCGUCUUAAUGUCCACCUCUCACUUCCUUGUCCGCAUUGAGGAUGAGAAUGACCACAGUCCACAGUUCAAGCAAGCCAUGUACUUCUCUGCUAUCAAUGAGAACAAUGCUGUCGGAGACUAUAUUGUGCAGGUUUUGGCUGUUGAUGAUGAUGUAGGCAUUAAUGCAGCCAUACGAUAUCAGCUCCACUCAGACUCCCACAACAUGUUUGCCAUCAAUCCAGAGACAGGGGUGAUCACAGCCAAUCAGCGAUUCGACAGAGAAACCAAUCUCUUCUACAAGUUUACUGUCAUUGCCAUGGAUGGUGGCAGCCCCCCUCAAUCCAGCACCGCCUCAGUGCUGCUGAACAUCAGUGACAUCAAUGAUAACCCCCCGGUGUUUGAGGUAGCAGAGUUCCAGUUCUUUGUGAUUGAGAAUUCGGAUCCUAAUACUAACAUUGGAUCAGUCAGUGCCACAGACAAAGAUGAAGGGAAGAACGGUGACCUUGUGUUCACUCUCUCACCUAACAGUCAAGUUCCUUUCACGGUUCACACCGAUGGCAGCAUAGUAUCCACCAAAUCCCUGGACAGGGAACUCAGUAGUAAAUAUAGCUUUAAGGUCUGGGCUCAUGACUUGGGUACCCCCUCACUUAGUAGCCAGAUCACGGUCAAUGUUUUAGUGGGCGACAGCAAUGACAAUGCUCCAAUUAUUGUAUACCCCUCGACAGAAAAUAAUUCGAUGUCAAUUUCCUAUCUGGCUCCCGUGGGUUCUCCUAUAGCCAGUAUCAAGGCCUAUGAUUUGGAUGAAGAAGGUCCAAAUAGUCAGCUGGAAUAUUUCUUUAAUAAUGGAAAUGAGCUUGACAUUUUCUACAUAGGAAAAAACACUGGAAAAAUUUCUCUUAAGAAAACUUACCAUGUCAACAUGGACGUUACUUUUGCUGUGUCUGUUAUUGUCAGAGAUAAGGGAGAUAAUCCAAGAAGUAACACAACGAAUUUCUAUAUUGUGCUAAAAUACUCAAAUGGGACGAUGGUAGAAGCUCUCGAGGAUAAUGGCAACAAAAAUAUUGUCAUCACCGUCAUCAUUGUCUGCUUUACCAUUUUGAUCUCCGCGGUCAUCUUCACAAUCAUCUGCAUUCUUUGUCGCCAGGACAAGAAACUAAAAAAAUCUCAUCAGCAAGGCCCAGAAAAAAGAUUUUAUGAUGAGAAAAUCCCAGAAGUUAUAAUGGAGGUCACUCCGGACAUCAGCGGUGUUCUGUGUAACCCCGGGGACACACCCUCCAAGAAGAAGAAGAAGGAGGUCAGCUUCACCCUGAAUGAGGAGAACCCGGACAUGUUCCCAGCAUACAACAACCCGGGCUUCGACAGGGCCCUCCCUCAGAAUUCUCCAACUCUUCAACCUGAUUAUGAUGGAGCACCCACGACUUUCCAAGGUUUACCCCCCAAAUCUCAGUAUUCUUUACCUAACAGACCCCCUGUUCACAAACAGAGACAGCAUUUGCCAUCAACAGACAACUUUAGUGAUUCUUCAGGGGACACAACUACUGCAGACAGCGGGAGAGGGGGCAGUGACCUUGACCUCAGUCAUCCUCAGCGUCAAGAUGAUAUGGGAUCAGAGUAUGCCAAACUGAAGCCCCCUGGAUCACUACACAAAGUGCACCUCCCACAUUUUGACAAUUUUAUUCAACAUACACAUGGACACUUAAAAUCACAGCCCUACAGUGCUUUAUAUCCACCUACCACUAACUCAAACAGUUCAUCCGGGGAGUGGAAUCCAUCCUAUGUGUGACAGACUUAAGAUCCACCCCUUCAAUUACAACAUGCCUGGAUCUUCCAUAUCAUGUACUACAGCUAAAGUUGUUAUGUAGCUUGGCUACAGUUGUUGAUCUCAUUUCUAUUGGUGCUUUAAUUUUGUUCUUACUGAACCCUUUCAUAAAUUUGUCUGCAAGCUGAUUUUUGUUGUGAUGAAAUCAUCUGCUCCAUAGAUGAACUUUUACUUGGAAAUAUUUUUAACUUUCUGCAAGAGUCUAUAAAUUGGUAUACUUUUGUGAAUCCAACAUGUUAGAGGCAAAGCUAGGCUGGUGCCCUAUCCGUAUGCUGGUGUCCUAUCCAUAUCCUUAUGCUGGCAUCCCAUCCAAACCAAAUCCAAGACCUGCCUUCAAUUGUUCAAGAAAAAAGUGGCGACCAUGACAUUGAUGCCACUGAACUAUCAGGAUGUUGAGUUUCUUCUUCCUUGGCAGAAAUCUUUGAAUAACAUGACAUUUUAUAUUAGCUUUCAUAACAUGCUAAUGGGACUGUGAUAGAAUCAUAGACCUUGUUUAAUUUCUUACAUGACUGUAUGAAUAAAACUUAUUAUUAAAAUGUACAAAUAUU